AUGUCGUUCUUGGACGUCGUCGUGCGGCCUGUGGUUAUCUCAACAAAGGAGCGGCAGAUCUGCAUGGUGAUCUUGUUCUUGCUGCGUGGUAGCCUCAGGGGUAAAGUCGAUCUGGCGGUAGAUGUUGGCCAAGAAGAUGAUGGACUGCAGCGUCACGGGACUGCUGGUUGUCAAAGUCCGGCGCGCAAUGUUUGUCAUCAUGGUGUGGCACGUCAACAGCGUCGGCGUCGGCCGGUGCUGCCACAUGGCGGCCUGCAGCAGGACCACGGUCAAAUUCUUGGGUACCACCUUGGCCACCAGCUUGGCGGCCUCGGAAUCGCCAAUGUCGGGCUUGAUGUAGGCGAAGCUCUUGCGCAGGUGCAACGGCCAGUAGCGGAUGGCAAAGUCGAGCAGAGUGUGACGGCUGGUGAGCUGAUGGACCUCGUGGCUGAGGAGCGGCAUGAGAGUGCACUCGUGCUGAUUUGUGACGGUCGAGUUGAUGUAGACGAGCAGCCUGGUGGCCAGGUCGCCGUGCCGGUCGCUGAUGAAUCCCUUGUGCGCGUUAAGCCAGCUGGUGACGGCCUUGCGGACAAUGCCAUGUCGCAGGUACAUGAGUCCGUCCUGCAUGUACACGAGCGAGUUUACCGGCUUGAGCGUUUGCAUGACGUCAAUCUUGAUGUCGUGGUUGAUGGUCUGCUUGUCGAGAUUGAUGGUCGCCAGGGCCGCGAGCUCCUUGAUGUCACCAGCCACGCCAACAUGAUCCUGGUCUGCUCGGUCAUCUCGGGUGACGAUGGCGAUGCGAGCUAUCAGAGUCUCACGUUCCAUCUCGUCCAUGGAAAGGAACACAUCGUAGUCCUCAAAGAAGUCGCGUACAACCGCAGUGAUGUCGUCAAAGAUCAAAUCUUCGUUGAUCUCGAGGUUCUGAACUCCCUGUUGAGGCUUGGCACCGAGAGCGAUGAGCUUAACAGAGCUGGCGCCCUUGGCAGUCACGACAGCCUGGAGCCGGCGGUACAGAGCAUCUUCCCCCGAGGAACACUCAUCAAGGCCAUCGAUGAUCAUGACAAGGUCUUUGCUUCCCAAGGUGGUAGCACCAAUGGCCCGCUCGACGGCUUUCCAGAGGAUAUCAUCAUGGUCCUCGUCGGAAGCAAAGCGGAUGGAGCGCUCAUAUGUCUCAAUCAGGAUGUUGAGAAGCUUGACGUUUCCUGUACGCUUCUGGAAGAGUUGGUGGAGCAACGACUUGGCCACGGCACGACUAGUCGUCUCGGCUGGAAUCCGGGCAUCAAUAGGGACGAACAGAGUGUUGUAUGUGAUGCCGCCAAUAGGGUGUUGCAGGUAGUCGAGAAUCACGGACGCGAGGAUGGUCUUGCCAGAACCCUGGGAUCCACUCAGGACCAUGGUCUUCUGGGAGCUCUUGAGGAACCGGGUCAGGUGGGUGCCGAUGUAGAGGCAGGUCAGCUCCUCUCGGUCAUGAGCCAGAUGCGAGGUCGAAGUGAAGACGCUGGACAUGACGUGGUCCUCUGGUGCGAUCCAUUGGCUGACGGCCUUGAGCUUGGCAACUAUUUCCGGGGCUAUUAG